AUGCAUGUCACGAUAGGAAAUAUAACAGUACCUAGAGGUAGUGGGAGAUUGCCAAUAACUCGCCUAAAAGGGGCAUCGAAUUCCAUGGCUUUGAAAAGAUCGAUUUUACAGGUAUGCAAUGAAGAUAAAAUGUGUCUGGCAACGGCUAUUGGUAGAUGUUUUUUAAAACUCUGUAAAAUUGUACCAUUAGAAAAAUGGAGGGAAACAACAAAAAACGACGAAGACAUGAACACUUGUCAAAAAGUCAUAAAACACGGAAUGACGACUAAAAGUUAUUUCAAAAACGUGAGUGCAUCUGCUCUAAAGAAUACAAGUUACAGUAAAACAAUGGCGAUAACAUUAUGCAAAGAAGCCAAUCUUUCAACAGACGAAGCUUUAAGUAUAAGAGAUAUCGAAAAUUUUGAAAAUGUAUUAGACGUUAAUAUUUUGGUACUUUCUGCAAGAUUGGGCAACAAGUUUUGUCGAGUCAGUACCAAAGCACAGCGUAAAAAUAUUUACUUGUAUCUGAUAGAAAAUGCCGAUGGAACGGGCCAUUUUCAAGGUAUAGGAAGUAUAAAUGGUUUUUUUGGCUAUGGGUAUUUUUGCGAAUCUUGCUUAAAACCUUACAAAAAUAAAGGAAAACACUCUUGCGUUGACACAUGUGCCGUAUGUGGUAGCCUUUCGUGUCGCGUUAGUAAUCAUCCUGUUAUUUGCUCCCAAUGCAACCAAACAUGUCGCAGCCAGGACUGUUAUGACAGACACAAUACCAAAACGUCUAGAAGGGACAAUGAAAAUAGCAAAACGAUGUGCGAAAGAUUUUACCAGUGUAAAAACUGUCGUAAGAUUCGGUGUCGACAGAAACGCUCACCUGAACAACAUACAUGCGGUGAGUGGCGGUGUAAAAAUUGUUUCGAAUAUCACAUAGGUACACAUUGGUGUUAUCAACGUAAGACAUUAAAAGAUACGACGAAGAAAGAACCGAGAAAAUACUUUUUUUACGAUUUCGAAACAACCCAAAACGAAAAGAUGUCGUGCGAAGAAGGCUGGUUACUACUAGAGAAUCAGUCUGACUUUAACAGUGCUUGUUCCAAAAUGGCAUAA